CCCAGUGCCUUCCUUGCUCAGUUUGGAGCUGUGCCAUGGCAGACACUGGGGAAGAAGAGACAGUAUCAGCAGAAGCCUCGGGGUUCUCAGAUGUGAGUGACUCAGAGUUCCUAGAGUUUCUGGAUCUGGAAGAUGCUCAGGAGUCAAGUGCUUCAUUUAGCAAGCCUGGACCUUCUUCCAAACUCCCUACAAAGGAUCCCAAGCCUGUAAGCUUACAAGACUGGAAGAGAGGAUUGGAUGUUUCAUCACCAAUGGAGAGAUUUCACCUUAAAUAUUUAAACGUCACUGACCUAUCUACUCAGAACUGGUGUGAAUUGCAAGUUGCAUAUGGGAAGGAGCUUCCUGGUUUCUUGGCACCUGAGAAGGCAGCUGUUUUGGACAUAGGUGCCAGCAUCCACCUGGCAAGAGAACUAGAACUUGGUGAUCUUGUAACUGUACCCGUCACCACUAAAGAAGAUACUUGGGCAAUUAAGUUUCUGAACAUACUCUCGAUGAUUCCUACCCUGCAGUCAGAGGGUUGCGUCCGAGAGUUUCCAGUAUUUGGGGAAGUGGAGGGUGUGCUUAUUGUUGGGGUGAUUGAUGAGCUGCACUAUACAGCCAAGGGGGAACUGGAACUGGCUGAACUCAAGACACGCAGGCGCCCCAUGCUCCCUUCAGAAGCUCAGAGAAAGAAAGAUUAUUUUCAAGUCAGCAUAUACAAAUAUAUCUUUGAUUGCAUGGUACAAGGAAAAGUGACACCCACUCAUCUAACCCAUCACACAAAAUUGAAUCCAGAAAAGCCACUGGGACCUUCAGUGCUGAGGCAUGCCCAGCAGGGAGGCUUCUCUGUGAAGUCUUUGGGUGACCUCAUGGAACUAGUCUUCUUGUCUCUAACACUGUCUGACCUCCCAGUUAUUGAUACCCUGAAGGUUGAGUAUGUCCACCAAGAGACUGCCACUGUGCUGGGUACAGAGAUUGUGGCCUUUGAAGUGCGUGAAGUAAGAGAGAAGGUGCAGCAUUAUAUGGCCUACUGGAUGGGUCACCGAGAACCUCAAGGGGUUGAUGUGGAAGAGGCUUGGAAAUGCCGGACAUGCAGCUAUGCAGACAUCUGUGAAUGGAAAAGGAAUGGUGGAGUACUUAGCUCCACCCUGGAACCCCUGGCCAAAAAAGCCAAAUGAGCAGGAAGUAUGUAUUGA